GGUUCGGUAACACACAAACCGAUUCUGACUGGGAUAGCUGUGAAUCAAACGAUCGCACUGACUUGUUACAUUUACGAAGGUUCGGCCGGCUCAGUUGGCUGGUACAGGAACAAAGGUCGAAAGGUUAUUUCCAUUGGUUAUGUCAACAACAGCUGUGAAACAAGUCCUCCUGAGCUGCCGUUUUCUGCGAAGUGUCUGUGUUUGAAUAUAACCGUGUAUAGUUGUACGCUGACAGUGGAUCCGUCAAUGCAUAACGGGGACGAAUGGGAAUGCUCGAUUGCAGAUAAUGGGUUAUCUAUCAAAAGCAACGGAAUAAGGAUAGGAGGUUCCAACGUUAGCCGGACUGAAACAGUGAAUGAUAAUGAAACAGAUCAUGUUCCUAAGGAUGAUGGCAUUCCAGCUGAUAAACAAGGAUUAAUGGAAAAACAUGGCAAUGAAAUUCCAGAAACCAAUGAUGCAACUUUAGAGAAUGGUGGGACCCAUGCAUACGACACAGGAGAGACAGGAAAAGAUGAAGAUUCGGUAGACGGCGUACUAGAAAAAGGAGAAUGUUCGGUAGACAGUGGAUUAUCGAAAGGCGGUAUAGCUGGCAUCGUUGUUGCUGGUGUGUUGGUGUUGGCCAUAAUUACCAUUAUUGGAUCGAUAGUUUUCUUGAGAAGAGGAAAACAAGCAGCUGCAACAAAUGGACAAUGUAAACAAAACAGAAAACCAGAUGCAGGACCUUGGACAAGAUUUGUGGAAUAUUUGCGGAACUGUUUCCAUCUUUAUCAGUCAGCCCCAAACUCGAUGAAAGCUGAACUAGAUGAAUGCUUCGUUGAGCAUCCACUGCCUUCACUGAGCUUUGAUAACUCCACAAAGACAAUAUGGAACAAGUGAUUGCCUCACAGCAUCUGGCUACAUCAGCACACCUUCUUUAUUUUUCAUGUUAUGAUAGGUCAUGUAGUUUGAAUGUCUUCAUGAUUUAUAUUGUCAUGUCAACUUGUGCCCCUAAACUGCGUUUGUUUUUGAAUGUUUGAUUAAUGGGUUUGUUCAUUUGGCUUUAACCGUUGCUAAAUUUACAAGAAUUGAGAUGAUAGUACAUAAGAUAAAUUUAUUUUUUAAGUGAAAAAAGGCGAUUCAGCUUUUUUCGUAGUUACCAUUGUUUGAAAGUCAGCCAUUUAGUAAAGUGCAUCGUGUUCAGAUCUUUGUGUGGAACUAUGCUUAAACAUGAAAAUAAUUUGAGUUGUAUAUUGUAAAUAAAGUGCUUGAACAAUUUUUUAAGAAUUUAACUUUAACCGUUUAAAAUUCACAUGAAUUGAAAGAAAAACAUAACACACUUAAACAUUUAAAGAUAAAUUCAUUUUAAAGUGAACAAAAAAGGCGAUUCAGAUUUAUUAGGUAUUUACCAUUGUUUGAAAGUCAGUCAUUUAGUUCAGUACAUCUUGUAAGGAUCUAUGUGUCGAACUAUGCAAAAACAUGUAAAUAAUUUGUAUUGCUUAUUGUAUAUAAAGUGCUUGUACAAUUUUUUCUUUAAGGAAAUGUAUAUCAUGAAGAUAUCUAUACCUUAAAGCUUUUGUGCUGUAAAUAGGCGAAAUCUUUACCCUGAAGAAAUAUUGAUAUGAGGCCAUUAGGGUCAUAGUGCAAGGUAUUGAUGAUCUCGAGCUGACCUUUAUGUUUUUUAAAUGUAGUGAAAUGAUUCCAGCUAACUUGUAAAGAAUAAAGAAAAUAUGUCCAUAAUAUGAAAAGUUAAAUAGUUUAAUCACAUCAUUUAAAUAACGUAACCAAGAAAUUUGUCAUUUUUAUUAAAAAAGCUGAUGAGUUUUUUUUUUUAUUCUAACAAAAAUAUUGAUAAAAUUGUUCAAUUUUUUAAAAAAAUAGAAUCUGUGUUAAGAAAUUAUGCUGCCUGAGCAAAAAAAUGAUGAAAAGUCUUACUUUAAAAUGAAACAAUUUACAUACUUGCUUUUCACUCUUUUAAUCAGAAUAUAGCUUAUAAAAUAUUGCUUUGUAAGUGUUCCAUUUUAAUUUUCUUUUAAAAAAUUGUUUUUAACAGUUCUAAAAUGUCCAUGAACUGUGAGAAAUGAUAGUACACUUAAACAUUUAAAGGGAAAUUGAUGUUAAAGUAAACAAAACAACAAUUUAGUUUUUGUUCGUAUGUACCAUUGUAUGAAAAUCAAUCAUUUAGUAUAGUACAUCUUGUCAACAUAUUUGUGUAGAACUAUGUAAUAACAUGAACAUAAUGUGUAUUGAAUUUUGUAAAGUGCGUGUACAAAUGUUUGUUUGAGCAAAUCCAUAUCAUACUUUUAA